AUGGACGACUCUGACUCUUCCAGCCUCUCUUCGGCACCCCCGACCGACGACGAGAAGCCGCUCGCUCCCAUCUUCGCAAAAAUGGCAAAGGGCAAGAAGGCCGCUCCCAGAAAGAAGAAGGCUCCUGUUACUCCUCCCACUCCGCCCUCACCGCCGCGACCCAAGCGAUCUCCGUCUCCACCCCACGAGGACCAUGCAUUCUCGUCGAAACUGGCCCAUCUCGGUCCCCAAGACAUCGAGAGAGGUGUCGCCGAAUCUCCUCCGUCGCCCCAAGUUGAAGAGUUGAUGUGCGCCAUGCUCGCACUGGUCCUGAACCGCAAGAAGCCCGUUGAACGCGGCCAUCACGGUCGCGCAAUGGAAGAAGCUUUGUCGACACAGAAACACCAAUGGCCGCUGUCAUGGAAUCGUGUCAAUCCUCUCGCCGGCAGCAGAACCUUCCCCGACAUGUCGCCCGCCGAACGUCUGAACCUGCUCCGCACUCUCGCAAUCUGGUCGCUCACGUCAUCCGAAAUUGUCUCACAAACCAUCAAAGACUCGUACAAGAUUUCACGCCGCGAAGACGACAUCAACCAACCGUUGUCAGUCCAGCAUUGGGGUUAUGACGGCGACAAAAGAAAGUACUAUUUGAUCGAGGGGCAAGAAGACACCAGCUUCCGUGUAUACCGCGAAUCCAAUCGUCUCAGCCAACACCCUCAAUGGUGGAGUGUUGCUGAAACCAUUGACGAGGUCAAUGCCCUUGCAGAGAAGCUCGAGACCAAAGACACCACUCAAGCUGCUCGCCGUCUGGCUGACAAGGUUAAGGCCGCUGUGCCACGAUUUGAGGCAUCUGAGGAGAAACGCAGACGUCGCGAAUACCGCCAAGCGCGCAAGGCGCAGUUUACCAAGCCCGAACUCGGUUUCUCACUCUACGAAGGUCGCACUCGCGGCAAGCGCAUCCGCUACACAUACUCCGACAACGAAGACGAGUCCGACGCCACAGGCUCACGUCGCUCCGCAAGGCAUUCUGGCCAUUCUACCCCCGCCGAUUCGGGUCCAGUCGUGACAGCCAGCGGUCGUCAAGUCCGUCCUGCAAGAACCGGUAUAUAUGGCGAAUCGCUGCUUAGCGGUCAAGCCGAAACACCUGAUUAUGCCGCUUCGGAGACUUCGCGCACUUCUGGAAGAGCAACGAGAAACAGCACUCGUCUCUCGCCGCUAAAUGAGGACCGCAAGAGAAAGUCACGAGGAUACAACUCCAUGGACGAAGACAGCGACGAGGAUGAUGCGCCCUCCAGUGGAAAUGAAUGGGACGGGGGCGACGACGAUGACGAUAAUGAGGAAGACGACGUUGACAUGGCCGACGGAGAAGAUGAGGAUGAUAUGGAUCUUGACCAGGACGCAAAGAGAAGUCUUAUCGUCAAGCUCAAGGUCAGGAAACCUCAAGAGCCAGUAAAGACAGAGACUGCACCCGUGGAGGAGAAACCACCGCCCAUUGCAGACAUCUCUCGAGUUUCAGUCGCCCGGCAGGAUCUCGAAAACCUUUCAACCAAGGACGAGCUUGCACCUGCACCACCUGCACCGGAACACCCUGCAGCAGUCGACUCUAUGGACUUUGAGGUCCCCGUCCAGAAGACCUACCAUGCUCACCCACCUCCCGCACCGUUGCCUGCAGCCAGCAUGCCCGACCAGCAGACCAAUGGUGGCAUGUAA